AUGAGUGACUCUGAUGAUGAAAUCCUAAUGUUGUCUAGUCAUGCUUUAGCAGCUCUUCAACAAUUUAAGCAAGAAGAAAAUGAUCGUCUUGAACAAUUUGAAGCUCUUUAUAAAGAAUCAGAAACUCAAUUUGAUCAACAACAAAAAGUAUUAUCUAUUGAUGCAUUUAAAGAAGAUUGGCAAUUAUCACAAUUUUGGUAUGCUGAUGAAACUGCCAAAAUCUUGGGUCAAGCUUUAUUAGAAGGAGCAGAUGAAGAUACGGUGGUUGUAAUUGCUAGUGCACCAUCUGUCUAUGCGGCAAUUAAACAACUUCCUGAAGAUGAAGUACCUACAAAACAUAUUUAUUUACUUGAAUUUGAUAGUAGAUUUGAAGUUUUAGCAGGGAAAGAUCAUUUUAGUGUUUAUGAUUAUAAUUAUCCUGAUAUGAUACCUGAUCAUCUUAGGAAUAAAUGUCAUAGAUUAUUAAUCGAUCCACCUUUCUUAGAAGAAGAAUGUCAAACUAAAUCUUCUCAAGCGGCAAAUAAUCUUCUUGUAAUUGAUAGAUCUGGUAUGACUAAAUCAGGUGAUUGUAAAUAUAAACUUAUUUCAUCAACUGGUGAAAGAAUGCAACAUAUUGUUAAGAAGAAUUAUCCUGAUACUAAAAUGACUACAUUUUUACCUGAACAUAAGAAUGGGUUAAGUAAUGAAUUUAGAUGUUAUGCUAAUUUUGAAUGUAAAUAUUGGACAUUUCAAUAA